AUGAUCUUCCUUAUUCUUCGAGUAGAUCAAGAUGUCAUCAAUAAAAACAAUGGAUUGACUGGCUCUACUUUGGAGCUCUGCGGUCUGAUUCUAUUUGGAAAGUCUCUUCCUCUUCAGAUGCUUCUUGGGUUUGGCGCAAAAUCCUCUCUCAGGUCGACAGCCCUUAAAGCAAUUCAGUCCAAGAUUGGAGAUGGUUCCUCAACAGCCCUUUGGCUGGAUUACUUGCACCCAAAGGGUAUCCUCAUUCACUCGGUCAGCAACAGAGCUAUUUACAAUUCUGGCCUAAGCAGGCAAUCCAAGGUUGCUGACAUCUUAUCCAAUGGGGACUGGUGUCCUCCUUCUACCACCCACCCGGGUCUUUUGGAAGCCUGGAAUGCUUUGCCCUCCAUCCCUAGAAGGACUGGGAGGUGUGACUGUGUUUCCUGGACUCCUUCACCCUUGGGGAUUUUUAAAUUAAAAGAUGCUUGGAACCUUGUCCGGAUUAGAAGUGAUCUAGUUCCCUGGAGAAAGCUUGCCUGGUUCGAGGGCCACAUCCCUCGACAUAGCUUUACUGUUUGGCGUGUCUUUAACAACUGCCUCCCAACGCAGUCCUUCCUCCGCCACCGUCAGAUCCCAGUCUCCCCUUCGUGUAGUCUUUGCUGGAACGCAACGGAAGACACAGACCAUCUAUUUUUUGAUUGCUCUCUUUCCUCGGCUAUUUGGAAGGGAAUCCUUGGCAAAUGUUGGCCUCGCAGUCGAAGAAUCCUUCCCUUCUCUAGGGAAUGGUUGUGGAUUGAUAUGACCUUCUUGGGCUCCACGUUAUGUGACAUAGUUGGUAAACUUGCUUUUUGUGCUACCAUCAACCAAAUUUGGAUGGAGUGUAACAUUAGGAAAUGGACUUCCAACUCCAGGACUGUUGGCCAGAUUUGGGAAUCCAUCUCCUUUGACAUCAAAGGAAAACUCACAAAUGUAACUUCCCGUUGUAUUGAUUCCCCAAGGAACAGACAUAUUGUUGUCUCCUGGGAUCUGCCCCGUUCUUCCCUCUAG